AUGACUACUUCUAACGGUGUUACCAACGGCCAAAAUGGCCAUGCCGCCGCUCCCAAGUCGCUCCCUACCGGGAUCUACGCCCCUGUCAUGACCUUCUUCGACCCUGAGACUGAGGAGCUCGACAUUCCCACCAUUAAGAAGCACGCCGUGCGAUUAGGUCAAGCUGGCCUGGCCGGUCUCGUUGCCAUGGGCUCCAAUGGCGAGGCUGUUCACUGCACACGUGAGGAGAAGAUUGCCGUCACAAAGGCUACCCGAGAGGCCCUGGAUGAGGCUGGUUUCCAAUCUGUUCCCGUUUUCCUCGGAGCCACUGAGGGCAGUGUCAAGGGCACUAUCGAGCUGAGCAAGCUGGCCGCUGAGGUUGGCGCUGCUGCCACUCUUGUUCUCCCUCCGUCUUACUACAAGGCCCAGAUGAGUGAGGAUGCCAUUUACAACUACUUCACCGACCUCGCCGAUGCAAGCCCCAUCCCCAUCAUUCUCUACAACUACCCUGGUGCUGUUGCUGGCCUUGACAUGGACAGCGAUCUCCUCAUCAAGCUCGGCCAGCACCCCAACAUUGUCGGCACCAAGUUUACCUGUGGAAGCACUGGUAAGCUCACCCGGGUUGCCCUCGCUACCGAUGCCAGGACCCCCUUCCAAGAAGGCUCUGGUUACCUUGCCUUCGGCGGUAUUGCCGACUUUACCAUCCAGACUCUGGUCAGUGGCGGUAGCGGCAUCAUUGCUGGUGGUGCCAAUGUCAUGCCCAAGACCUGCGUCAAGGUUUGGGACCUCUAUGUUAAGGGCAAGAAGGAUGAGGCUCAAGCUCUCCAGAAGAAGCUCUCCAAGGCCGACUGGGUUCUGACCAAGGCUGCCAUUGCCGGCACCAAGUCUGCUAUCCAGAGCUACUACGGCUAUGGUGGCUACCCUCGACGACCCCUACCCCGUCUCAACCCGGAGCAAGCCAAGGGCAUUGCUGAGGGGAUCAAGGAGCUCAUGGAGAUUGAGAACUCGCUAUAG